AUGAUCGCCAAGAUCAUAGUUUGCAUCGCCAUCUUAAUUUGUUUGGUCUUUGCAGCGCCAGUAGAACACAAAGAAGGUUUGCGCUUUCUAUAAAGCUUCUAAACUUACCAGACACGUAUUUUUUUGUUAUCGUACCGGUUCAUUGAUCAAAAUCAGAGAAAAAAAAGAAUCUUUGUAGAAUGGAAAAUUCAUCACUGAAUCAAAAGACGGACAGAAUUUUCUAAAAGAAGCGGCUGUUUACAAAGUUUCGCAGUUCCCAUAGGAGAAAUUUUUCAAGUGACGUGAUUCUUGAAAAACCCUUACUUCCUCCCUUUAUGGUAUCAGUAGUUCUUAUAACCAAGAAGAAAUUCGGUCCAACUAUUUUCUCGACAGAACUUUUUUCAAAUUUUCAAGUUUUCAGGAAAAAUGGAUUGUUCCUCAUUGGUCGUUUGCGGUGGAGAUGAAAACUGCAUCGAAGAAAUGAUUAAGAUUUUCGAUAUGGAUUGUUUAGAAGGUAAAGAAAUCCUCCUUCCAAGAACUAAUAAUAUAUUUUUUUAGUUUCAAAAAAAGAUUUCGGCGAUAAGCGAGGAGAUUUGAAAAAAACCUGCGAAAAAUCUUGUACGGUAGCUACCUUCAACGGAUGGGCUGAAGAAUCAUACAAAAACAUCCUUAUCAUGCAUAGAUCCUCUCUAAACUCUCUUUUUUUAUUUGGUGAAUGA